AUUCAAACACCUUCGGACCACGGCAGGCUAAUGGUCAUGUUAUCUUAUCUUCUGGACUUGAGUUCACGAAAAUGAAAGACUGGACCUUUCUCGUUUUCUGUUUUCUUCUCAGCUGGUCGAUAAUGCCUGUUAACCCUCAGAUACUCGGUAAGUUAGAACAUUCUCAGAAGGUACUCGAGACACCGCCAUUGGAACAUCCAACUCCUCCUGCUAAACUCCCAUCUCACAAUCCAACCCGCUCUUUCUGGAUCGAUUCCUCCCCGGACGCAAAUCCACUCGCUGGUCAUGGUAGCAAAGAUCCUCUGCCUAGUGAGGCAGACAUCUGCAUCAUCGGGGCUGGUAUCACUGGCGUUGGAGUCGCGUACCACCUUAUCGAACUCUUGAAUAAUGCCUCGCUUUCUGUCAAACGCCCGCUCAGGAUCGUAAUACUUGAGGCGAGAGGAUUUCUGUCAGGAGCGACUGGAAGGAAUGGUGGACAUCUUACGCCGGCCGCUUUCCUCGAGUUUUCUCAGCGUCAGGCAUUAUUCAACACGGCUGAGGCAAUUAAGUCCUAUGAACUCGAGCAACACACCGCUUCUCUGCUCGUCAAAAUCAUAGAGGAAAAUGGCUGGGCAAGCGACACCGACCUCGUGGAAGGUGGACACAUAAAUCUCUUGUUCACAGAGAAGGAAGAAAAAGAUGCGCACAAGGACUUCGAUAUGGCACGUCAAGCACAGCUCAAUCUAGAUGAUGUGGAAUGGCUCUCGAAGGAGGAAGUCGAGGAGGAAUACGGUGCCCCUUACCCAGGAUUCCGCGAGCCAGGGCAUAAUGUCUGGCCGCUGAAACUCGUUACGAAGCUGUACCAGCAUGCUCAAGCACACGCUGGGCAAUACGCCUCCCUCAGCUUGCACACUCGGACGCCGGUGACUGCAGUCACGCACGAAACGACCGAUAACUCUUCCACCUAUACAGUCGUGACAAACCGGGGUAGCAUAUCGUGCUCCCGCGUCGUCCAUGCCACGAAUGCGUACUCCUCUUAUCUCCUUCCCUUCCUCGCAGGUCCAGCUGGAAUUAUACCCACUCGAGGACAAGUAAUGACCACCCGUGCUUCUGUCGGUACAGAUCAAAUCAAGACACCAAGCUGGAGCGGAAACGAAGGCUUUGCAUACUGGUUCCCCCGGCCCAUAACACAUGACACCGAAAAACCGUUGAUUAUCAUCGGUGGCGGCCGGGAAGCCGUGUCACCCAGUUACGAGCUAUAUGUGGACGAUGACUCCCAAACUCACCCGCUUUUCUUGCCGUCUGUAUUCGAAGGUAAAUAUGACCCCGAUUCAGAGCCUGAGAUGGAAUGGACUGGCAUCAUGGGCUACACGAAGAUGGGAGACCCGUUUGUUGGUCCCGUAGCAGAAUUACUCGUAGCCAAUCCAGACGGGGACCUGUACAAGAAACAGUACAUCGCUGCAGGAUAUACUGGCCAUGGAAUGCCACGCGCAUUUGGAUGUGCCGAAGUCAUCGCGCAAAUGAUUUUUGCUGAGAUUUCUGAUAAAGAGUGGAAGGAGCCUGAUUGGCUUCCACAGCGUUAUCUGACAUGGAACAGACGAGUCGAGUAAGAUCUUACGGAGCGUGAUGUUGUGAAUUCCAAAAAACACUAGAUAUCAUAUGCUUGUAUUCAGUAGGCCAUAUCGAGAUACCCGCUAACCAGGUCAUGUAACACACUUAGUUGCAGAAUAUUUCCACAGAAUCGGAGUCUCGAACUGAUGAGAUCUUUCAAGGU